UUACCUUUGUCUGUUACCCGCGUAUGUGGUAUACUGAAGUUACUGAAACAUGUACGCAUGCAAAAACGGUCGUCCGAGAGGCGGCAUGUUCAAGAGGAAAAGCUUUUAUCCACUUCAACUGUCGGAGUCAACUCACGAAGUUAUGGUGAGAAGAAAGCUAAAGACGCGUUGCGGAGUACUGUUCGUAGCUAGUAUGCUGCUUUUAGUAAUAUGGAGGUUGGACCAAAACAAUGACGGACAUUUCGAAGGCGAGCCAUUUCUAUCGGAGUUGAACAUGUUACCUUCGAGGAAGACUAUCGAAGAACUUUCACUUGCGUGUCAGAGCAAUUUAGCCCAACUGCAACACGGACUUUUAAGUCUCGGGGAACAACUUGAACGCGCUCAAGGGGAUACGAAAGUUCAAUUGAUCUCGGAUGCAGCAAACCUGACAAAGCAAGCAACCAUAGUCUGCGAGGAAUACCGGCGAAACGUGAACCGGAUAGUGACGCUUUCCUUCUGGGAAGAACAAGGACAACGGCGGAAGGAUGCAAUAGUGGAAGACACGUUGCAGAAUGUCCAAACCCUUGAGAAGUUACGCCAAACUGAACUACAGUACCAGCCCUCAAUAAGCCAAGGUCUACGCUACUGCUUAACAACACUGGAUGAUGAAUUCAAUGAAGUCACAUAUCAGACUAUCUUCAGUCGUUUGCUCGACCACCCAGGCUACACCGGAACCUGUAGUAAUGAUAAUUUUCGCGAUCGUCUACUGGUGACGUUGGGGUGGCCAAGCGAGGGUCAAUGUGGAUUCGAAAUGGUGCAAGGUGGUACAGCGGAUUUCAAAUGUUUGGUUAUCCUUCCGACUUUUGAUUCAGUGGUACGAUUCAAUCAAGAUGAGAAUGCAUUUCACUACGGUCUGGAAAACACGGUUGUCGCAGCAGGUGUGUUUUAUCCUUCCCGGUACCGGAGGCAUACUGACGUCCUCCUGGCUGCGAUGACACUGCGUGAGGUUUACGAACAGCCUACUGCUACAAGUAUACAGAUAACAAGACCCAUUUCACUCAUCGCAUCGUUUGGUCGCAGUCCACAAGUGACAGUCAUGACAUCAACAGAGAUGUUCGUUAUCGACAAACUGAGAAACAUCGCCACUGGAAGCAUGGCGAAAAAGUUCAAGAUGGUAUUUCAUGAUCCACAGCACUACCCAGUUAAAUGUUGGAGGAACGACGCGUUAAUGGACUUGGUGCAAAGUAUGCCAAUCAGUUCUCCGUGGUUUCCUUGCUCCGACGCGCCAAUGCUGUUGCAAAGGUCAAUAUUCGGUUUGGUCCUCGGAUCCUCGUUAUUCUCAGAAAUAAAGGAUGUCCAACCUGGCGACCUGUCGUUUCAAAUGCAGUUAUUACUCUGUCUGAAAUCCGGCGCAAUUCCUGUGGUCAUCGGUGAAGCUGCAUUUCCGUUUCCCAAGGCCAUCGGGGAAGCACAAUGGCAUCACGCCGUGCUUCUAUUUUCUACUGAACAGAUCGAUCAAAUGUUACUGUUUCUAACUACGAUAUCUGUGGCUAGGAUAGAAGAAAUGAGAUACCAUGGUCAAUUACUCUUGCAUAGACAUUUCGCUGACUUGCAUGCCCAUCUGUCUACAUUGAUGCUUGAGAUCGGUAAUCGAUACGGAUUGGCGCAACAUCCGGCCCCUGAGUAUUACACCAAAUUGGUCCAAAUGCCAUCUUCACACGUCACCUACCACACCCUUGAAUCAAUCCUGCAUCACGGAUACCCAGUCCCAACAGGCCCAUCAAAAUUUCCAGUUGAUGGCAUCACGGAAACAAUGGUCCAACGGGCGCUAAUUGGACCGAGUGAUAUAUGGAAAGUGGACCCCUUUCGUGCAUACCCAACGACACCAUGGCAUGUGAUCGAGAAACUGAAUGGAGCACCGGAAAUAAAAACAUAUAAACAGAAGAAUUCUUCUCCUGCGGAACAGUUCACUGCUGUCAUACUUUAUUAUGAACGGCUGGACUCCGUGAUGAAAAUACUGCUUGAAUUCUCCAAGCUAACCAUUCUACAUUCCGUUGUGGUUGUUUGGAACAAUCCAAUCCCACCGGACACAACCAUAAAUUGGCAAAAUACGUCGUUUCCAGUCAAAGUACUAUAUGGUCUAAAAAACAGUUUGAACAAUCGCUUUCUUCCACUGGAUCUCAUUCAAACGGACGCGGUGUUAUCUCUGGAUGAUGACAGUCGGUUGACAACGGAUGAAGUAAACUUCGGUUUUCGGUAUGUUGUUAUCUAUUCUUGGCAUCUUAUAGAACAACCUGCUGGUGAUGAUCUAACGUAG